GCAGAUAUGGGUUGCAUGGGGAUAUGUAGUUUAUCAAGGUUAGUCAAAGAGCAGGUAUACGGCAGGUCGAGACCAAACUGGGUCAGUAAACUGAUAAAUCAAGAUUAAACGCUCAGAUUUUCCACGGUGAUUAAGGUAAAUAAGCUCGUAACACAGGAAGAGCAGCGUUCGUUCUGAGCUGUGCACUGACAGCUGUCAAGUUUAGGCUCGUGUCAGUUAAGUGGUGUGCGCGCUCCCGUGACAGCAGGAAAUAUGGCGGCGCUCAUGACUCUCAGCCAGUUAUCGAGUGGAAACUCCGCUUACGAGAACUAUUACAGACAGGUUGACCCAGGAAACACUGGAAAAAUCAGAGCAGCUGAUGCUGCUCAGUUCCUGAAAAAGUCUGGCCUGUCAGAUAGCACCUUGGGCAAGAUUUGGGAUUUGGCCGACCCAGAGAGAAAGGGCUUCUUGGAUAAGCGGGGGUUUUUCAUUGCUCUGAGGUUGGUGGCGUCUGCCCAAGGAGGAAAUGACAUCAGUCUUAAUAAUCUCAACCAGACACUGGCUGCACCUAAAUUUAGAGAUGCAAACAGUCCACUGCUGAGCACGCCGCUGAGCACGCCGCUGAGCACGUCGCUGAGCACGUCGCUGAGCAUAUCUCCUUCUGCUGACUCUCAGUGGGCUGUCAGGCCUGAGGAAAAAGGGAAGUUCAAUGGCAUAUUUGACAGCCUUUCACCAGUCAAUGGUCUGCUCUCGGGUGAUAAAGUCAAGCCGGUUUUGAUCAACUCCAAACUACCUCUGGAUGUUUUAGGAAGGAUUUGGGACCUUAGUGAUGUAGACAAAGAUGGCCAGUUGGACAGAGAUGAGUUUUCAGUGGCCAUGCAUCUGGUGUACCGUGCCAUGGAGAAUGAGCCCACCCCCACCGCUCUACCCGCCUCUCUCAUCCCUCCAUCUAAGAGGAAGAAGUCCGCCGGGGCACUGCCUGGUGCCGUGGCUGUGCUGCCCGUUCUGACUGGCCUGAUGAGCUCCCUGCCCCUCAAAGAGACCCUGCGCUCCACGCCGUCCUUGGGCAGCAUGGCCCCCAUCCACACAAGCCUCUCCCCCAAACACUCGUUCAAAGCUGCCUCACAGCCCACAGUGAACUGGGUCGUCCCAGUGGCAGACAGAGGGCGAUAUGACGACAUCUUCCUGAAAACGGACAGCGACAUGGACGGCCUGGUCACGGGCACAGAGGUCAUCGAGAUCUUCAUGCAAUCCAGCCUGCCUCAGACGACACUGGCUCAGAUAUGGGGCCUGGCUGACACCCAGCAGGUCGGCAAGCUGUCCAGGGAGCAGUUCUCCCUGGCCAUGUACCUGAUCCAGCAGAAAGUGACCAAGGGCCUGGACCCCCCCCAGACCAUCACCCCAGACAUGAUCCCCCCCUCGGAGAGGAGUGCCGCGUCCGCAGCCGGGCCCGUGACUCUGCCUCUCUGCCUGUCUCUCUCUCUCGGUCCCGUUUCUCAGAGCUUUGCUGGGUUCAUGACUGCUAUGGGAGCUGACGUCGCUGCCUAUGCUAACAUACGCAGAGACAGCUCCAGCUCCACUGGCUCAGGGGACCUGACGGGCGUGAAAGAGCUGGACGAACUCAGCCAGGAAAUAGCUCAGCUGCAGAGGGAGAAGUACUCUCUGGAGCAAGAGAUCCGAGACAAAGAGGACGCCAUCCGACAGAAGAACAACGAAGUUCAGGAGAUGCAGGAUGACUUGGACAGGGAGAGCAGCAGUCUGCAGGACCUGGAGUCCCAGAAGCAGGAUGCCCAGGAGAGGCUGGAGGAGAUGGACCAGCAGAGGUCCAAGCUGGAGGGCAUGCUCAACGACGUCCAACAGAAGUGCCAGGACGAGUCUCACAUGAUCUCGUCGCUCCAGACUCAGAUCCAGUCCCAGGAGACGGACCUGCAGAGCCAGGAGGCGGAGCUGAGCAGGACCCGGUCGGACCUGAGCCGGCUGCAGCAGGAGGAGGGCCAGCUGGAGCAGAGCCUGCUAGCCGGCCGUGUCCAGCUGGACAGCAUUGUCAAGUCCCUCAAAGCCACCCAGGACGAGAUCAAUCAGGCUCGCAGCAAGUUGUCUCAGAUCCAGGACAGUCAGCAGGAGGUGAGCAAGAGCAUUGAGCAGUACAACAGCGCUAUUAACGGCACCAACGGAGGCAGCAUGACCAACCUGGCCGACAUGAGCGAGGGAUUCACCGAGAAGGAGAACGGAGGCUUCGGAACCAUGGAGGACCCCUUUAAGUCCAAGGUAGCCAUGUUCAACAACAAACCUCGGGAGCCUCAGCCUGACCCUUUCCAAACUGAAGACCCCUUCAAGUCGGAUCCCUUCAGAGAUCCAUUUGGGGGUGAUCCCUUCAAAGAGACUGACCCCUUUAAAGGGAGUUCCUCAGAAGACUUCUUCAAAAAGGCUGAUCCGUUUGCAUCAUCGGACCCCUUCAAAAAAAAGCCCAUUCCCCCUGCCAAGCCUGGCGCAUUUGGUAGUAGUGACCACUUCCCUUCCAACAGUCCAAGCCCAAAACCAAAGGACUCAGACGGCUUUGGGUCGGGGGACGUGUUUGGUGGCGGCCCUUACGGAGCCAAGGGGGGUUUCGCUGACUUCAGUCAAAUGUCAAAGAAGCCAGACAAUCCUAUGCUGCCACCAAAGAAGAACGUACCUAACAGGCCAGCCCCUCCUUAUGGUAAACGUAGUCAUGCAAACCUGCUGGGGCUGGCUGCCUUGGACAACCCAAGGGAGCCGGUCCACUGUGCCCAACGUAGUCAGAGUCAAAUGGCUUCUGGAGACUCAACAAGCAGCAAAGAGUCAUUCGCUUUUGGCGCUGCUAUGAAAGACACCUCUGGCGGGUUUGCAGAUGUGGGAUCUUUUGGAAAUGAGAGCGACCAGCUAGAGUGGGCCAAGCGGGAGAGUGAGCGGGAGGAGCAGGAGAGGCUGAGGAGACUCCGCCUCCAGGAACAGCAAGACCUCGACCUGGCCAUCGCCCUCAGCAAGGCAGACAUGCCCAGUGUCUGACCACUCAUCUACGAUGCACUCACUUCCUGGGUCAGCUCUACCCUCACUAAAGGUGAAUGUCAGCUCCUUAACACUGAGAUGAUGACACAUGAAAGAACAACACUUCUACGACGAAGAAAAUGGGCCUAGCUAUUAUCUCUACAGUCAGACUCUAGCCUUUCCACUCUGAGACUAGCUCGGAUGCAGGCUUUGAUGUACACCCUCAAGAAUUGUGGACAAACCUUUCAUCAAAACUCUUCUAUAUUCACCAAAGCCUCAGCUCAUAAGUUCUGCAGCUUUCGUGUUUCUCAUCCACAUUGCGUUGCAACUGUAAUGAAGUACAAUGAAGACCGUUUUCUGCCUGAUUUAAGCCUGGGCGAAGCCCAAUUCUAAAGUGACUUAAUCCAUCACCAGUGGAGAGCCUGAAUCGUGCUCCAUGGGUUUAGGUGGGGAAAACUUUGAAGACAUGUCUUUGCUUUACUCUUUGUUGUAAAGAAAUCUGCUUUUUUAAUCUAUUUUAUUUCAUUUUAUUAUUUAUAUACAAAAUGCAUCUGUAGUUUAUGAAGUAUCUGUGAAUGCACUAUCGUAACCUUCAACAGUUCUUCUCCAGGAAGUUCAUCCUAUCUUUGAGGUCUGACACUUAUGAAUUCCAGAUUUCUGGUGCAAAUCUUGUUUUGGGUCAGGGAAUCAAAAAUGAAAGUACAGUUAUUGUUUGAUUACAUUUUCAGUUUUUACUAUCUUUAAAUUCUUGUCGUAUCUAAGGUUCCCUUGUAUCUAUCUUUCAGUUGGUAAAGAUAUUUUUUCCCAAAACUAGAAUUUUCAACUUUUUAAGUGUUACUUAGAUUUGGAGCUGUGUGAUUUAUAAUACACAUGCUUUGGACAUGUUUUAAUACUCCUUAUCAAACAAUGGCUUAUUGAUAAAGGUGUAAACCCCUUAGAACAACAACCUUUUGAUGCCUUCUCGGCUUUUAUCUUUUUUUGAAUUUUGAAGAAAUCCCUUAGUUUUAGUAUCAAAUUUAGCAUGCAUUUUGGUAUUUUUCGGCGCGAAAUGGUUAUGCUUCGCAGUUUCCACUCAGUUUGUUUUGUGCAUAGCAAUAAAACACUAUCACAACUUCCCCGUAGUCCAAUACAGUUGGGGCCUUGUUUCAUCUUCCAUAAAGGCUUGUGUGGCUAUCAUAAAUGCUAUUUGAAGAAUCAUGUCUGUCUUCCUUGCCAGGAUAUUCCAGUGGUCUGACUGGCCUUACUUGUUAGCUGACAAAAAACAUGUGUUGGUUAUGUCUUACAAUGGCAACCUUACAACACUUAGAGGUUUCUAUAGGGUAAUACACCAGUGUAGCCUCUUCCAUAGGGAUACAAACCUAUUUGCUUUGACUAAUACUGUUACAACAGACUAAAGAUUGUGUGUGCUUGAUGUAGCUACCUGUCUACUCCUGGCAAAAUGCUUGAUGCUCCCAAAGGCAGCUGUAGUUGGACUAAUGUCACCUGUCAAAGCCUCACAACUACCAUCAUAUCAGUUGCGCUCAAAGUUGAAUCAUGCCCACGAUCCGAUGCAUAUACUGUGGGUUCAGAUGCCUUAUAGACUGUUGCUUCUAUGUCAUUGUAUUAUUGUAUUGACCCAAGAUGCUUUUAAAACUUUGCGUGUGGAGCAUAUUCAAGGCAUACUGUGUAGCUUGCUCUUCCAAUGUGAAUGGUUGACUGGAAAUGUGUGGCCUACAUGGAGCUUCAUUGAAUGGUACACAAUGUCUGCCUUAUUUAUUGAGAUCCAACAUGUCAUAUGUAAUAGUACAUACCAUAUAUGAUUAUAAAUAUUCUUUCAGGUUUUGGAACUUACUUCAAUACGUGAUACAUACUAUGUAUAUCUUUUAAUAUAAUAAAAGCAAGUGUAACAUU